AUGGCUAGUGAAUCAGAUUUGAAUGUCGACGAGAUAAUUUCGGCCUUACUGGAGGUGCGUGGUUCUCGUGUUGGCACUACGGUCAAUCUUAAGGAGGAAGAUAUCAAAGCACUUUGUGCUAAAUCAAGGGAGAUUUUCCUUUCACAGCCUAUUUUAUUAGAGCUGGAAGCUCCUCUUAAAAUAUGUGGUGACAUCCAUGGUCAAUACACAGACUUGAUGAGGCUUUUCGAGUACGGUGGUUUUCCACCAGAAGCCAAUUACCUCUUCCUCGGUGACUAUGUGGACAGAGGGAAGCAAAGCCUAGAAACAAUUUGCCUUCUCUUGGCAUACAAGAUCAAGUACCCCGAAAACUUCUUCCUUCUUCGCGGUAAUCACGAAUGCGCAUCAAUUAACCGAAUUUACGGAUUUUAUGACGAAUGUAAACGAAGGUACAACAUAAAAUUGUGGAAAACAUUCACAGAUUGCUUCAAUUGUCUUCCCGUGGCAGCCAUAGUCGACGAAAAGAUCUUCUGUUGCCACGGAGGACUGUCUCCGGAUCUUCAGACAAUGGAGCAAAUCCGUCGAGUUCUUCGCCCCACUGAUGUUCCCGACACUGGACUGUUGUGCGACAUUCUGUGGGCAGAUCCAGACAAGGACACGAAGGGCUGGGGCGAGAAUGACAGAGGCGUCAGCUUCGUGUUCGGCGGGGACGUGGUGGAGAAGUUCCUUCACAGGCACGACCUCGACCUCAUCUGCCGCGCUCACCAGGUCGUGGAGGAUGGGUACGAGUUCUUUGCCCAGCGCCGUCUCGUUACCCUUUUCUCGGCGCCCAAUUACUGCGGAGAGUUCGACAACGCCGGUGGUAUGAUGUCCGUUGACGAGACCCUCAUGUGCUCCUUCCAGAUUCUGAAGCCUUCAGAGAAAAAGUCAAAGUACCAAUACCUUGGCGUAAACUCUGGCCGCCAAGCUGGCUUCGCUCGUUCCACCAUGUAG